AUGUGUCGCUGGUUUGCCUACCUAUCGGAUUCAGAGCCCUGUCUGCUCGAAGAUGUCCUCAUCGUCCCCCAGCACUCGCUGUCGAAGCAGGUGCACGACCGCUAUCUGCCGUAUCUCUCGCACUUUGAGCCCGACUCGACCAAGAAACUGACGAGGGCCGAGAUCGGCUCCCGUAACAGCCCCUACAACAUGGACGGCCUUGGUGUCGGGUGGUAUUCGACCGCCCGCGCCGAAUACGGCGAGUGCGACGGACCGCACGCGGCGCUGUACAAAGUCCUGCGCCAGCCCAUGUCCGACCCCAUCUACCAGUCGAUCUGCGCCAACACCGCCACCACCGCCGUCUUUGCGCAUAUCCGCGCCGCGAGCGGCGACACCGCGAUCACGGAAUACAACUGCCACCCGUUUCAGUUCGGCCGCUGGCUGUUCAUGCACAACGGCUCCGUCGCGCAUUUCAGCGAGAUUCAGCGGGACGUAUUGAUGACCAUCUCAGACCAGGCGCUGAAGCUGGUGAAAGGCACGACGGAUUCGGAGCAUCUUGCGGCGUUGUUCUUCACGUACCUCGAGCAAAGCAGGGGCGAUGCCGCCUGGUCUACCUCACAACCGCUCGAGGACGUGAAGGCCGCAAUGGAACAAACCAUCAUGAAGGUGCUGUCGAUUCAACGGAACGUUAUCGGACGGACGGGUGGGGAGGUUGCGGCAUCUAGUUUGAACUGUGCUGUGACCGAUGGCACGCAGCUCUUCGCCACUCGGUUCCGUAACCACCCAACGGAGCAUCCACCCUCGCUCUAUUUUUCCACCAGAGCUGGUCCUACGCUCAAUAGGAAGUAUCCUGGGCACCCGGAUAAGGCGGUCGACGGCACAGAGGACGUCAACAAGGAGGGGAGCGGGCAUGGUGCCCAUAUCAUCGUGGCCAGCGAGCCAAUUACAUACAGAGAUGAAGAUUGGGAGCUCAUCGAGAAGAACACCUGCCUGAUGGUCAGUCGCGACAUGACAGUGAGGCAGGUGCCACUAGGGGUUGCAUUUUGA